UAUACGGAUCCUGAUGUACGCUCACGGCUGGUGUCUGCUGGCGUACUUCACGAGCCUCGAAGUGUGACGUCAGAUGUUCAGGCUAUUUUAUAACUCCUAGGAUAGAAAUCGAGUCGCAGAUGUUGUGGCAGUGCUCACUUUAAGAAAACCACUUUGGUGAACUAAUAUUUGUAGAAGAGACCUCCUUGAUAAAGGGAUUCAAUUUGGAUGAGCUUGGGGCUGACUUGAACACAAAGUGAAGAAAGGUUUUGCUAUGGAAAGAAGACGAGAAAAUGCUUCCACCCGUGUAGAGCUUAUCCGUCGUCGUGAUCACCACGGCCCACUCGGACCAAGUCGACCAGGAACAGUUAAACCGGGCUUCAAACGAUGGACGACCCACGAGGAAUCCUGCCAACAGGCCCCGUGGUAGGGGGUGACGCGACACCCAAAUCCCCGCAUGGGUCGGUGGCAAGUCGACACUCGUCGACCUCCAGGGCGAGUAGACUAUCCAACCACUCGUCCCCAAAGUCUGGUGGCGUCCAGCAACAGCAGCAGAGGACUGUGUUCUGCCAGAAGCACUGCUGCAACACCGUGACGAGUUGUCUCUUCGUCGGUGUGAUGAUCUCCCUAGGUAGUAUAGCCAUGACGGUGUGCGGGUACUUCGCCAUGAACAUCGCUAGUCAGACUGUAGUGAACGCCAACGUCACCGAAGUAGUCGUUAACGAACAGUUACACGAAAACCUAUACAAGUUUCGGACUUUCGGUCCGGUCAUGAUCGGCUUUGGUGGGUUCCUCAUCAUGUGCGCAUGCGUGUUGCUAUGCGAGGCGAAGGAUAAGAAGAACAAGAGACGGAACAAUGCGAAUGAGAAUCUUCUGAGUGAACAUGAGCGGAUUAUGGAGGAAGCUAGGGAAAGAUUCUACAACGAAAACAGAACUGCACUCAUGCUUCAUUCACAUACUGCUGUCGACUAUCGCACGCCUAAAUCAGCUGCGAACGAGUCGACAACAUGCUUAGAUCAGGAAUUGGUAAGCAACAACAUCAAAACACCAAGAGUAAAACCUUUAGCUAUUGUGGCCCCGGACCAUGACAAUGGUAGCAUCGCUCCGGGGUCGCCCGUUGUACUCGUACACGGACCGACUAGUGUCGAACCAGCGGAAUUCAUAUCCGAAAGCGACCUUCAAAAAAGCAUCGAAAAAGAGACAGCAGCGAAAAAUGACUUGUCUUUGAAUUCAAAAAAUAACAGCCCGGAACGUAAAUCCGGGAGUCCGUCGCGGAAUUUAAAAAAGCACAACAACCCAGUGAUCCCUACAAGUUGUGUUGAGCACAGCACUGACGUUUUUCCGGUACCGAUUUUCUCGGUGUUGCCGAAGAUAGACUCUCCGCGUAGCGCAGGGAGCAACGGGAGUUUACGCGCUGGGGGCGCUAUACCCAAAUCUAUUCUUGUACAGCCGAUGAAGCUAUCGCCGAUUCGCAGCGUGAACGGACCGAUUCGAGUCCGUCUCGACGACUCUCCGACGGAGCUCUCCCCGAGCAUCUCGCCGUCCACUCUGUCCAAGUCCAACGAGUGCAUACCCCUCCCUCGGAGUCCAGGCUCCACACCGGCAAGGUUAAAACGGGGCAAGAAGAAGAAAGUGACGGCGGUGGGAUUGGAUGCUAGCAGCGGUGGUCUCGGUCAAUGCCGUUGUCGCUCCGAUCCCUCCAUGACGUCAAUGUGGUAUCCUGACAGACAAGGAGACGCCUGUUGCUGUCUCCAGUCUGAUUGCUGCUGGGGGGAGAACUGCCAGUUGGAGAAUAAAUCAAUGCAAGCUCCACCGUCAUCAUCAUCAUCAACAAGUGCAAAUCAAAACAAAGACGAUCCUCUGGUAACGAUAGUAGCGACUGGGGACAAGACUAACUCAUUGCCCCCACAACAACCCCUGCAACAUGAGGGGAGCAUGAAUGUAAACGCACAACAUAUUGAUUUGAAACCAAAUACUUCUGAACAAGUCGGCGGUAUGGAUUCGGGCGACCGGGGAUUAGAGAAGUUCACGACUCACCAAUACGACAAUCUCAGCUCGCUAAACACAGACACUGCACCAAACGAUGAUGAGCAUGCUUCGAGAACAUCGCCCUCUAGAAAGCCGAACAACACCAACGAGUGUCCAGCCGAGGAGGACGAGGAUAACACUGCAGGGUCCAAUACUGACACACUCGUCGUCAGAGACAGAAACUCCAAUAUUACGGUGUCUUCCAUGAGGCAGGAAACCCCAGGGAAGGGCGCCCCUUACGGACAAUCCCAAGGCGGUGUCAUGGUUUGAACAUGGCAGGGAAUUAAUUAGCCCGACGUCACACUUCGAUUGGAUCAAGACAGGGGACCAGAUUAAAAGGGGAAUUGAUGUAAUGAAAACCAGUAUUUGAUUUCAUGAAUAAGCACACAAAAAGUAGCACGAAAAGUAGCACAAAACAAUUUUGCUUACCAGAAUAAGAUCACAAGCCAAAAUUACCAUGUAAAAAGUACCAUUCUGUGACCGGCUCCUUUGACUGAGUAGAAAUGUGUUAAGCAAUGUUGUCAGCUUAAGCUUUUAAACUAGGCGUGGCCCGAUAUAAUGGAGCUGAUAAAAGUGAUAGAAUCGAAAGUAGCUAGACCCGGACUCUCUUGGCAGGGGACAGUGUACCAGUCAAAAUACCAUGUAAAUUAAUUGCAUUACGUGUGACCAGUGUCCUGCAAAAUGUCAGGUAAGCAAACGUUAUAUCGUUAUAAAAGCAAGAUUUUCUGUUUGAAAGCUUUAACAGUCAGCAUUUACUUUAAGGUUUAAUACCCUUAUAAAAAAUGUGCCAACGUCGACUGAAGGGUACACAAGAUGGAAUCUUGAAUUUCUGGCAUUUUACUGGAGCUUUAAAUUUUCACUUUUUCUAUUAAUUUGAGUUAAACCUUUUCAAAUAUCACUUGAAAAAAUAACUGAACAUGAAACUAGUUAUUUGCCAUUUGAAGACAAUUUCUGAAAGAUAUUUCGAGUACGAUGUGUUGACCCCAUGCAAUGUUAAUUUCUGAAUGGGACAGGUUCUAGAGCCCCCCGUUCCCUUUGUACGCCACUCCCCCUCUCCCUUGUAUCCCAUUGGAGUAAAGUCUAGCUGUGCUUGAUAGAAACAGGUCAUGUGACCCCUUUGAACAAUGGACAUUAUACUGAAUGUGGUUUACAAAUCCCUGGUGAUCGUAUAUUGAGAAUAACAUGUUGAUUCGAAUGUAACUGCACCGACAUGAUUAAUAAUUAGCACUUUUCAAUGGGAGACCUUUUGUGACACUAGGAGGCAGCAGACUUACUAUUGUUCUCGGAAUUGCGCGCAUGCUCAGUGCUGUGUUAACAAUGGAAAUUAACCCGUCUGCUGCCACCAAGCGUUCCAAAGUCUCCAAAUGCCGGAAAAUUGAAUCAUUUCAUUUUGAUGUUAAUAUACAGGCCUGGUGCUUCACGGAGGUAAUUGACUCCGUUGCCCCUGGUCGUUGCCUUGGAGCCCCUUGAUAUGUUCCAAAACUGUCCUCAUUAUAGAGAUGACCUUUAUCAUGGAGAAAACGCCUUGGUGCCCUUGCCCUUUUAAGAACGAAUCGUGAAAGCAUGAUUAUUUGCACUGUUGGGGUUGUCACAUGAGCAGGCAACCAGUUCGAGGCAAUCUCAAACAAGAGAGCCCAUUAUACAAUUGUUGCACGCUGUGACGGGGUCCAUGACGUUUUGUACACCCAAGGGGGAAAACGGAACCCGAGGCGAAGCCGAGGGUGCCAUUUUCCCUCGAGGGUGUACAAAACCCAUGGACCCCAGUCAC